GAGUUCCACCAUUUUUACUCUCGUGUCGUGAUAUUGUUUUCAACUUCACUAGAUUUUUCUUCCAGUUUAGAUUGAGUAGUAAAUAAAAAAUUAAUAAACGAUUAUGCGUAAAGUAAUACGUGAUCAUUCAAGCUGAAAUGCAAUUAGCGUACCUCGAUUUUCUUCAGUAAAAAUAAUUAUCCUGAUAAUGAUUCAUUUAAAACUAUCGCUGCGAUAUUGUCUGCUAAAAUAAUUUAAAUUGCAAACACGGGAUGAUAUAAAUAAAUCCAGAGAUUAAAUGCCUCUUCAUCUGAGAACGCGUGCCAUCGAUAUGGAAGAAUACUCAGGAUCGGACAUAUCCGUAGUGGAUGUCUACGACAUCGCAUCUGAAAUAGGGAAAGAAUGUGAAAAACUAAUAGAUUUAUUUGGAGCUGAAGCUGUUACUGGUCUUAUGCCGAAAGUUAUCAAUGCAUUGGAGUUAUUAGAAAAUCUUGCAACUAAAAAUGAACGAGAGAUAACAACUGUACAAGAAUUAACAUCAAGAAUUUCACAGUUAGAAAAUGACAAAAUUGGUAAAGCAGAAGAUCGGCAGAGAUUUGAAAAAGAAGUAGAGCAAACAGAAGAACACUGGAGACAGGAAUCGCGAGAUCUUGUUGGCAUGGUCACCAGGCUACAAGAUGAAAAUCGUAGACUUGCUGAAGCUCUUCAAGAAUCUCGUAAUGACAGCCAGGACACCGGUAAACAAUCUUACACUGCUAGUCAAGAAGUCGAUAUUACUGUACUACAACGAUUGAGAAGUAUGAUUGACAAACAAAGAGAUCAGAUCCGUGCACGAGAUCGUGAAUUGUCACAAAAAAAUUUAGAAAUUGAAAAUUUAACAAUUCAAGUGGAAAAAUUGAGUGCAGUUGGUAGAGAACUGAAGCGCAAACAGCGUCAAGCCCAAAUGCAAUCUCGUGGACUUGUUGAGGAACGGGCUGAUUUUCUCGCCCAGUUACAAGACCAAAACCGUGAACUAAUUAAUUUAAGAGCACGGCUUGGUCUUGCGCGAAAAGAAAACGAGGACUUGACAAAAUCACAUGGAUGCCCUGAUCUUACAAAUAAAGUUAUCUAUGACCUUGAUGACCCUGACAGACCAAGAUUUACAACUGCAGAAUUAAAAGAAAUUUUACAUGAGCGAAAUGAAUUAAAAGCUCGCGUUUCUGACUUAGAAGAUGAACUGGAUCUCUAUCGCCCUAAACCGGAAACACCAGAAGAUGAUAAAGACGCUCCUGUACAAGGACCUUUGCCUCACGAACCGGAUGAUGCGCCCUGGAAAAAAACUUCCGAAUCAGGGAUCCGAAAAUUCUUCCGGAAAAUCUUUUCCGAAACCAGUGGCGGAUUCUUAGGUGGAAGCAGUCCACGAAGAAGUCUAUCAAGUCUUUCGAAAAUGGCCCUCUCGGGCAACGGUGCCAAUGAUACAUCGAUUUAAAAGUUAUUACUAACCAAAAAAAGUCGCAAUUAUCAAAUAAAUGUAAUUUUUUUUUUAAUUGAUUUAACCUUUAACAGAACAAUUAGUAUAUUAGAAAUAAUUUAUAUUAAAAUUAUGAUUUAGAACUAGUCGAAUCACAAAGAACAAUGAAAUUCCAUUAAACGCAAGUAAGAAAAUAAUCGUUUUUAUAAACUUUGUAAAUGAUGGGAAAUACUUAUUUUUUCAUUAAAUAGUGUAGUUUUAAUGAUUGUUUUUCGAUAUUUUUUUGUGGAUUAUUUGUUAACCAAAUAUAUAAAACAAUUUAUUGACAGUCAUGAAGAAAAUAUAAUUAAUAAUAAUUAGAUUAUUUGAUUAAAGUAAAAUUAGUUUGUUUAAGGAUAAUAAUUAUAGUUAAACUAUUAAAUUUAUUAAAUGAUUGAUGAAAAUUUAAUAGACCGAGUUGAUUAGUCAAAAAUAUAAAUAACUUUUUUAUCUAUUCUAAAAAUUUUACGAUUUUCCAUAUUAAUUUUCGUCGUCGAAUUGGAACAUAUGAAAUUUUUUUUUAAUCCUUAUCAUUACUUCCUAAGUAUUAUUUUGUAUUAAGCAAAUGAACGGCGCAUAAGUCAGGUUUUUUUCAACGGCUUGUAGAAUUUUUUUAAAAUUUCUUAAUGUUCAAAAUAUUGAAAUUUUAAAAAGAUUCAAAUUUAUAAUUUUAGAAAUUUAAAAAUUUAUGUUUAUGUUGAAUUGGAAAAAUGGAAACUUUAUGUA